GCGAUGUGGGAUCGUGAGCUGCCGUAGUCCCGUAUUGCGCGGGAGACGCGGUCCCAGCUCCCAAUCGGCUCCUGCAGCUGCCGCUGCACCUCCUGCAGAUCGUCCCGCUUCAACUGCUGCUCAUAUUUAUUCUGCUGCACACACGCCAGGAGUACCUGCUAACACUCUUCCACCGCAGCUGCCUUCGCUUGCAGUUGCUUCUGCUGUCACAGCUGUAGCCCCAUUUGGCUGUCAUCACGCCCUGCUGCUACUGCUGCUGCUUCUCCUACUGCUGCUUCUCAUACUGCUGUUGCUGAUUCUGGUAGCGACCCCGGGGGGGGGGGCCCGUGGACCGAGAGGGCCUGGGCGCUCCGAGGGGAGCGGGGAGGUCGCGGGCCCGGUCGGCCACCUGCAGUGUCUGGCAAACGUCCAUCCCCUGCGGCAGCUGAAGCUUUGCGAUGGUGCCCACGAGAAUCACGGAGGAGCAGAAGCGGAGGAUGGAGGAGAACCGGAGGAAGGCGCUGGCCAAGCGUGCCGAGAGGCUGGCGGUCGCGGGGCUGGGGCCCCCGCAGGCCGCCUCGGGAGGUCCACGGGCUGGCCAGGGAGGCCAAACAGGCCAGGGUCUGGUUGGCACCACGGGACCAGUUUUGGAGGUUCGCGCCAACCAAGGUGUGAACGGGAGUCCGGCUCAACCGCCAUUGAACGUGGGGGGCUCGGUGGGGGGCUCCUUGGGGGUCUCGGUGGGAGUCUCGGUGGGGGUCUCAGUGGGUGAUUCAGCGGGGGUCUCGGUAGCAGAGCGGUGUGGUCAAAGCGGGCCACACGAGUCACCAGGGAGCAGUCCGCAACUGCUGCCGGGACAGGGCACGGGAGGAUUUCUCCCUCCGUCCGACGUCGCCAAACUCUGGAGCAACAUCAACUCGGUGAAGAGCGGCGUGAGCCCGAUGGGCACCGCCGCUGCCGUUACCACUGGUAGCACCGCGCCGGGUGAAGCGACGUUCGGGAAGAAAACGUUUCAGCCGCCGCCCCCACUCGACAGGAAGUCGCUGCAAUGUCCGGCGGACAACGGUGCGGCGUCCACGCCAGCGACACGCUUUUAUUCCGCGAGCAGUGCGCGCCCCGGCGGUGAGCCCCGCGUGCCCAGCACGCCGGCGGUAACUCCCCCGGUGUCGGAGCCACUGGGGAGCGGAGGGAGUGGCAGCGGCAGCGGCAGCGGACCGCAGCGCCGCAACGUCGUGCGAGGCCGCUGCCUGGAGCUUCCCAACAAUCGUUUCAAGAUUGAGGUCGGCUACAAGUCCGAGCUCAUCGCCCUGUUUAAGCGAGUGCCCAGCCGCCUGUACGACCUAGAAGGAAAGACGUGGAGCUUCCUGCUGGAAGACCACGACAGCCUCAUGUCGGCAGCGCAGCACAUCCCAGGCGUGGAGAUCUGUCCGCUGGAGGGGCACGAGUGCCCAGGGCUCCAGCAGCAGCCGGAUGGCACCCCAACGGGUGGCGGAGGAGGUGGGCCCAGCAGGGGCCUUGGGUUGCCCCGCACGGCCAGCACGAUCAUGCUCGUGGGACACAGCUGGAAGAAGCCUCCCAGCAUGGCGGUGACGGCGCGCGGGCGCUGCGUGCUGGUGGGGCGCUCGCGCUUCGAGGUGGACAUCACGUACCACGCCGAGGCCAUCGGCAUCUUCAAGCAGAUCGAGUCGCGCAGCUACGAUGCUGUCACGCGGAAGUGGAACUUCCUUUUGGAGGACUACUGCGAGCUGAUGCCGCAGCUGUGCCGCUGUGCCGGAUUGGAGGUGGAGCCCCUGCCAGAGGCGCUGGUGCGCACGUUCCUGCCGCAGUUUGAGCGCAGCCGGGCGAGUCGCGAGCCUCUCCGGGACGUCGACCUCAGCGCGGUGGGGGAGACCCUCACGGGCAGCCUCCUGCCCUUCCAGCAGGAGGGGGUCAACUUCGCUAUAGCUCAGGAGGGCCGAGUGUUGAUUGCCGAUGACAUGGGUCUGGGCAAGACCAUCCAGGCGAUCUGCGUGGCCGCCUUCUACCGGGCCGAGUGGCCACUGCUCGUGGUGGCCCCCUCCUCCGUCCGCUUCACCUGGGCAGAGGCGUUCCGGCGGUGGCUGCCUUGGUUAGACCCCCAAAAGAUAAACGUGGUGGUGACCGGCCGCGACAACCCCAACUCGGGGCUGGUGAACAUCAUCAGCUACGACCUGCUGAGCAGGAUCCAGGGCAAGCUGGAGGAGAAGGGCUUCGCUGUCAUCAUCGCCGACGAGUCCCACUUCCUGAAGAACGUGAAGACCGUCCGCUGUAAAGCCGCCUUGCCCCUGCUCAAGAAGGCGCGGCGCGUGCUGCUGCUGUCCGGGACCCCGGCCAUGUCGCGCCCCGCCGAGCUCUACACGCAGGUGGCGGCCGUGCAGCCGCAAAUCUUCCCAAAAUUCCACGAGUUCGCGCUGCGCUACUGCAACGCCAAGCAGAUGCCGUGGGGCUGGGACUACACGGGCUCAUCGAACAUGGCGGAGCUGCGCCUGCUGCUGGAGGAGACGGUGAUGAUCCGGCGCCUCAAGGCCGACGUGCUGAGCCAGCUGCCGGCCAAGCAGCGCAAGAUGGUGGUGGUGGCCCCCGGCGUCAUCGACGCCAAGGCCAAAGCGGCGUUGGCCACUGCCGCCAAGGCCAUGGACAGGGCCGGGAAGCAGUCGAAAACCCAGGAGAAGGAGGCGCUCAUGCUGUUCUUCAGCAAGACGGCCGAAGCGAAAGUCUCUGCCAUCGUGGAGUACGUGAGCGAUCUGCUGGAGAGCGGGCGAGCCAAGUUCCUGGUGUUUGCUCACCACCGCGUGGUGCUCGACGCGCUCUCCGCACACCUCGGCAAGAAGGGCGUGGGCCACAUUCGCAUCGACGGCAGCACCUCCUCGGCCGAGCGGCAAGCGCUGUGCGAACGCUUCCAGCGCGACGACGCCAUCAAGGUGGCCGUGCUCUCCAUCACGGCCGCCAACAUGGGCAUCACGCUCUCCGCCGCCGACCUCGUCGUGUUUUCCGAGCUCUUCUGGAACCCCGGGGUGUUGAUCCAAGCGGAGGACCGCGUGCACCGCAUCGGGCAGCUGUGCUGCGUCAACGUGCACUACUUGGUGGCACGCGGAACCUCCGACGACUACCUGUGGCCGAUGGUGCAGGAGAAGCUGCGGAUAUUGGGCGAGGCCGGGCUCUGUGGCGACAGCUUCAAGAACGCGCAGUCCACAGCCUACUCUGUGAAGGACCCCAAGCAGCAGUCGAUCAUGGAGCUGCUGUGGGUGUGCGGGGACGAGCCCGACGACGCCGCCUUGGCUGCCGCCCUGGACGACCACGCCAAGGACGGGGCCCGCACGGCAACCGAUGGCACGGCGACAGCCAGCACGUCGGAGAGCCCCAACAAGAAAAGGAAGAUCGAAGACUGGUUUCAGAAAUAGUAACAAAGUAUAACAAAAAAGUUGAAAGCCUAAGUUUUAAAUGCGUUUGUUUUGUACAGGUUGCCGUUUGUGUUUAUUUGUAUAUUUGCAGUGGUGUGUUGAAGCAUUAAAUGUUUGAAUUUUAUCCAUUCAUCAUGUUAAUGUAUAUAUUUUUGUAUUAUUCGUGAUUUUAGUUAAUUACUUCCUCCCAUCUGGCAGCAGCACGGCCACAUGCCCAGCUCGAGUGCGGUUUUCCGGGUUGGGCCGCGUGUUGAGCGUUUCUCCGCCAUGCACUUUUGCCGUGAAUCUCCAACUCCCAUCUGCCAGUGGCUGCAAGUACUCGCGUGUAACAGUGUUGCCAUCAUUCAACCAGUACAGGGACCUGGCACUUGCACAUUGAGCCGUGACCAAGAUAAAAGCCUUUUCCACGGAGAGUUCAUGUGAAACUACCCCGGGCUGCAUUGCGACCGACUCCAUAAGACCAGGUGUGACCCUCUAAUCCUGCCGUCACUGCCGGGUGUAAGAGGUACAUUUUCCCAUUAACCCCUUCACAGCUGAUCCAGUCUAGGCGACGAUGCCGUCCUGUGGCUUUUGUUUGUCGGUCACACACGUUUGUCUGCUGCUGUCUAGUGACAUCUGUAAAAGACACUGCACGUAGUAAGGACUACCAUCAUAUGCCCCAAUCAUUCCCACAUUGUUACCAAAACAACGGACCCAUUUCACAGAAUUAAGCGGCUGGCUACAGUGACGUGGAGUUGAAAAAAGGCAUGACUGAAGAUGUGAAAACCUCCACGGCCGUACUCUUAGUCAAGGCUGCUCUGGCUCGGCCUCGAAAGCGGCUCAGCUCAGGCUUAAGCCGCUCGGUUGCUUCCCAAGACGCAUGGAGGACUCAGCCACGGCUCAAACUCCGCUCAUGGAAAUCCUCAGCACAGGGAAUUUGUGCAAAGAUUUUAAUAGUAAUAGAUCGCCGGUACACGAACUGUGUUCACACGGAGCCGAGUAUCACGGCCGUGGUGGUACUUGGCUGUGCUACACACUCGCUCAUCUCCCACCGCACGAUGUCACCGACACAAGGAACCCACGAAUUUCCAACAUGCUUGGCCACAACCGGACGAUACUAUAAUUACGAUUAUCCUUGUCGUAAUUACAACCCGAUGGCUGUUUCUAAACGUGCCGUUGUAUCGGGAUUAUCCUGUCGGUUUAAUCUUCCUUGUUUUCUUUUGUGAAUAACUAUUUAUUAAACGAGUGCUUUGAAAACAUGC